CCUCACAUAGUCACAUGCGUGUCCGGCUUCGGUUCUUCCCUCCAGAACUUGAUAGUGUUUGCCGCUAAAGGCGAAGAAGCAGCGAGCCUCGACCUCCACGAGCUUCCAACAUUUCGAUGUCUCACAGCUUGCAGCUCUCAUUCCCUGCAAGCACUUUCGGCUCUUCUAGGAAUAUCAAGAGAACCAAUCCUCAGUGUCUCCAAAUUCUCUGCUCUUCUGGACAUUCCAAUUUCAAAGAUGAAGACGAUGUUGAUAAUGGAAGAGUCCAAGGCGUAUCCUCCAAGGCGAUAUGGAUUGAGAGAUAUAGCAAUGGUACUACUAAGAGAUAUGAAGUAGAUGAUAAAUCACAGUUAACUAUUACUGUUGAGGAAGAUAGGCCUACUACAAACAGUUUCCACGAUUUCAAUUCCCAGGACAGAAGAUUAAACUGGCUUCCGCGUAUAAUAAAAGACUUCAUUUUACCCGAAGGCUUCCCAGGAUCAGUUUCAGAUGAUUACUUGCGCUACAUGUUGUUUCAGUUCCCUACCAAUGUAACUGGAUGGAUCUGUCAUGCCUUGGUCACUUCGAGUCUCUUGAAGGCAAUUGGUAUUGGCUCCUUCUCAGGAACCGCAACUGUUACUUCUGCUGCUGCCAUUAGAUGGUUAUCAAAGGAUGGCAUUGGAGCCGUUGGACGGUUACUUAUUGGGGGGAGGUUUGGAAAUCUUUUUGAUGAUGAUCCAAAGCAAUGGAGAAUGUAUGCAGACUUAAUUGGAAGUGCGGGAAGCAUUUUUGAUCUGACGACCCAACUAUAUCCUUCCUAUUUCCUUCCUUUGGCAUCUGCAGGAAAUCUUACUAAGGCUGUUGCAAGAGGGCUAAAAGAUCCUUCUUUUCGUGUGAUUCAAAACCAUUUUGCCGUUUCAGGAAAUCUAGGAGAGGUAGCAGCAAAGGAAGAAGUUUGGGAAGUGGUUGCUCAAUUGACUGGCCUUGGUUUGGGCAUACUGAUACUGGAUACACCUGGCCUAGUAAAAUCAUAUUCUGAAUUAUCUUUGACUUGGAUGACUAUACGGCUUGUGCAUCUUUGGCUACGUUAUGAAUCCCUUUCUGUCCUCCAAUUUAACACAAUAAAUCUUAAGCGGGCUCGCAUGCUGGUAAAAUCACAUGUUUUACACUCCACUGUUCCAGGAUGUGUGAAUUGUAACAGGGAAGAAAAUAUUUUAGCGUGGGAAAACUCCAUGAAACCAAAAAUCAUUUUUGGCUUGCCAUUGGAGAAGAUGGAUGGUGUUGAGAAAUCUCAUUUCAUGGUAAAGACACUUGUGAAAUUAUAUGCGAAUGAGAAGUAUAUCCUUACUGUGAACCAGCAGCCAGAAGAUCUGAGGUUUUAUGUUUCUUUUUAAGGUACGAUUUUAAAUU